CAUAAACGUAAACUCAAUUUUCUGUUACUCUUGAUUAGAGUUGUUGAUUCUUGUUUACCUUUUUCUCUCUCUAAUUUUGUUAAUUUUAUUUAGAAUUUAAUAAUUUAAUGUGUAACCCAAACAAUCAACAAUCUUUUUAAUUGUUUCUCUGGUUUAAUCUGAGAAAGAAACACAAUUUAAGUGAAAGAGAGAAAGUGAAAGAGACAACAUGUGAAUCAAGUGAUACGUUUUCUUUUUGUGUAUCAUUACCUUUAUUUUUGUUUUCUUCUUGUUUUCAUUUGAUUUUUAAUUAUGUUGAACAAUUAAAUUCUAUUCUUUCUAAAUUGUUACCAUUAUGGCUUACCUGAGGAGUUCUCGUAAUUAUGUUUGGAAUGUGAAUAAUGUUCUGGGCAAAGCUACUGGGGCAGUUUAUUCGGGUGUCAAUAAGUAUACUGGUGAUCCUGUUGCGGUGAAAUCUUUUAAUCAUGCCUCUCAUAUGAGACCUUAUGAAGUUCAAGAGAGAGAAUUUGAAGUUCUAAAGAAAGUAAAUCAUCAGAAUAUUGUUCGUUUAAUUGCCAUUGAAGAAGAGAAUGAAUCUCACCAUAAAGUAUUAAUCAUGGAACUUUGUACUGGAGGAAGUUUAUUCAAUAUUCUUGAUGAUCCAAUUAAUUGUUAUGGUCUUGAGGAGAAAGAGUUUAUUGCUGUUGUCAAACAUUUAGCUGCGGGUAUGAAACAUCUAAGAGACAUGCACAUAAUCCAUAGAGAUUUAAAACCAGGUAAUAUAAUGAAAUUUAUCGGUGAAGAUGGUAUUUCGAUUUACAAGUUAACGGAUUUUGGUGCUGCUCGAGUCUUGGAGGAUGAUCAGCCAUUCAUGUCACUUUAUGGAACUGAAGAAUAUCUGCAUCCCGAUAUGUAUGCACGAGCCGUUCUUCAUAAAUCAGCUGGUAAAUCGUUUCGUGCCAAUGUUGACCUUUGGAGUAUUGGAGUUACUCUUUUUCACAUAGCAACUGGAUCUCUACCGUUUAAACCUCAUGGAGGAAGAAAAAACAAAGAAACUAUGUUUAAAAUAACAACAGAAAAACAAUCAGGAAUCAUCUCGGGAUAUCAACAUACAGAAAACGGUGAAAUCGUUUGGAGUCGAAAUCUCCCGCAAACUUGUCUCCUUAGUCCAGCUAUCCAAGGAUUGAUUGUUCCUUUAUUAGCUGGAAUUAUGGAAUGUGAUUCUCAUAAAAUGUGGUCGUUCGAAAAAUUUUUCUCCACCGUAACUCAUGUUCUAUCUCAUAAUGUACUUUAUAUUUUUUAUAUCAAUCAUAUGGAAGAUGUGGUAAUUUAUCUUCAUCCAUCCGUAGGAACUCUUAACGAUUUAAAACAUAAUUUGGAAACUAAAGUAUCAAUUCCAGCCAAAAGUGCACUUCUCCUUUGGAAUAAGCAACAAAUCCAUGAUCUAUCGGAAGUUAAUUGUUCACCAGAUAAUCCAAUUUUACUUCUAAAUUCCGAUGUAACCAAAUUAAAGCCAAGUCCUUUAUUAUCGAAACAAUUACCGAAAUUUCCAGUUAUGCAUACAACAUUAACCAAUCUCGAAGAAGAUGCUCAAAAGUCUAAAAUUUGUUCCUCUAUAGCUUAUGCAUAUUCCAGAGCUAUCGAAAAGUGUGUUCUCUAUUAUCAAUUAGCCAACAUAACUCCAAUGCAUGUUAUAUCACUGAUUGAUUCCAAUUUGCGUUUACUUACUGAGAAACAACAAGCUUGCUCCCAUUUUUUCAACUCAUUAACACACCAAUUGGCUUAUUUCAGUGAUGUAGAUGAUUAUCUUAAACAUAUCGCUCAACUAUUAAAUUUGGAGGAAUCUGUUAGCAUUAAUUUUGAAUCAAUGGCCAAGGGUCACAUAUUGUUUGAAAGUUUAUCUGAUUAUUCAUCAACUUUGAUGCCCAAGAUGACAUGUAUGAAGGAAAAUGUUAAAAAUCUACAAGAAGAUUGGUAUAAGAUGAACAAAUCGACGGGUGAAGUGGACAUUGAAACAGCUAAAUCAAGGUCAAAAUAUUAUUCUCAAAAGAUUCGUGAAUCUUGGCAAUUAUUGCAUAAAGACAAAGCAGCUCGAAAUUUAACUGUGGCCGAAGAUCAACUUCACCAAUUGGAGAAGGUUAAAAUUGAUACUAAUUCUAAAAAACUGAAAGUUCUAAUGGAGGAUAUUUGCUGUACUGCGCUGUCAGAGAUUACAAAACGACUCGAAAAUUGGUACACUGGUGCUCAAGUUGCGCUCAAACAAUCGGAAUGUUUAUUUAAAGAGUUCUCAAUAUUUACCAAUAAUUGCGAAGAGUUACAACAGUGUUUGAAUAAAGUUCGAGAUGAUCAGAAAUGCCUUUGGCAAAUUACGUUUAAAAAGAUUGAACCCAAAAUGAAGGAAUCAGUCGUUUCAUCGUCGACAAUCAAUUUGACGGAAAAAUUGGCCGAUGGUCUGAAUGAUGGUACUCGAGAUUAUCGAAAUCUUCAAAAGUUUCUAAGAGAAUACGAUGAGAAAAGAGAAAGGUUUUUCUCCUUGGUUGAAGAGAAUCGAAAUCUAGUAAAUGAAUUCGAAUCAAUUUCAUUAAGAGAUAAUCAACAAUAAAUCGAUGUGAUAAUCAAUGUUUACUAUUAAAUUCCUGUUCACCUGAUGGAUAAAAAUACUGGAUUAACGAUUAAUAUUAAUCAUAGAUCUGAAUUUUCUCUAAUUAUUAAUCAUGAUCAUGGUUUUUACAAUUGCCUUCUUAUUGAUUUUAUUAGAUUGUUAACAAUUAUUACAAUGAUUAACUUUACCUGAUUUUCCAAGAGCAAAAUCAACACAUUAAGCAUAACAAUAAUAAUUUAAUUGUUGCCUUAUAGCAUUUAAA